AUGGCCGAGACCAGUUCGACCUUCAUUAUUGAGUCCCAGCCCAUCAACCAUGGUGCUGAAGUUGAAGAGAAGCAUGAAUCGACAAGCCCUCGACCAGUGGGCCCAGAACCAUAUGUAUCGGACUUCAAUCCAGGAGCCAAGUUUUGGUGGGCGUUGGCUCCCAUUCUCAUUCUCGCCAUGAUGGUUUCCUUAGAUGGAACUUCCGUGUCAGUAGCUUUGCCGAUCAUAUCAAAAGAUCUCAAGGGAACUUCUAUCGAGGCGUUCUGGACUGGAACCAGUUUUCUCCUUGCAUCGGCGGUAUUACAAGCCCCAAUGGGUAUUGGUGGAGGUGGGAUUAUCUUACUUAACGACAUCAUCAUCACCGAUUUGGUCCCCAUGAGAGAGCGAGGAAAGUACUUUGGUAUCAUUGGGGGAAUAUGGGCCCUGGGAAGCGUGACGGGUCCAGUCAUUGGCGGAGCAUUGGCGUUGAAAGCAGGCUGGCAAUGGCUCUUUUGGAUCAACGUGCCGUUUGCUGCAAUUGCACUCUUUGCUAUUCCCUUUUGCCUCCGCUUGACGAAACCACCGGGUGCCGUUGGAAAUAAACUGAAACACUUCGACUGGCUGGGAAGCGUCUUUUUUGUUGGCGCAGCGACCUGUUUUCUGAUGCCACUCACAUGGGGUGGAGUCCAAUAUUCCUGGAGCAGCUGGCGAACGCUGUUUCCCCUUCUCCUAGGCGCCGUCGCGCUUGUGGGAUUCUGUUUGUUCGAGCGCUAUGUGUCUCCUAACCCAAUCGUCAAGCUCCAGCUUUUGAACAAUUACGAAAUGGGUUAUAGUCUUGUAGCAGCCGUCAUUAAUGCUGCCAUCGUAUAUGGAGCCCUGUACUUCCUACUACUAUACUUCCUAGCCGUCAGGGGCUACAACCCAAUUGUAGCUGGUGUGGCAUUGUUUCCCGCGACGUUCACUGUAGCGCCAUUAUCGAUUGUUGCUGGCGUGGUGAUCACGAAAAGAGGCGAGUAUCGCUGGGUGACUUGGAUUGGUUGGAUAAUCAGCACCUUGGGCCUUGGUGUUAUGAUUCUCUUGGACGUUAAUAUGAGUACAGUCCAAUGGUUCUUUCUUACCCUUACGACGGGCAUCGGUCUGGGGCUUUUAUACACUUCUCUGGCUAUCAUCAAUCAAGCUGCUUCGCGCGACGAGCUUAUGUCCUUUGCAAUCUCGAUGUUCAUAUUCGCUCGUAUGCUGGGCCAGUGUUUAGGCGUAGCGAUAUCCGGUGUUGUGUUUCAAAAUCAGAUGAGAUCUAAUUUACUCAAAACAACAUUGCUUGUUGAUAAGGCCAAUGAAUAUAGCCGCGACGCUAGUAGUAUCAUUCCGUUGCUGCAAUCAAUGGCUGAUGGGCUGGAGAAAACAGAACUGGUGCAGGCAUACGCCGAUUCUCUAAAAAUUGUAUGGGCAGUCAUGUGUGCUCUUAGUGGUAUUGCUAUGAUUGGCAGUUUCUUCCUGAAACAUAUUAGUCUCGAUCGGGAGCAUAAGACUGAGCAGGGUAUAGAUCGUAAACAGUAG